AUGGACAGGAAAAACCAAACGUGGGUGAGUGAAUUCAUUCUGCUGGGUUUGUCCAGCAACUGGGAGACUGAGGUCUCCCUCUUUGUCCUGUUCUUGGCCAUGUAUCUGGUGACUGUGCUGGGGAACUUUCUCAUCAUUCUCCUUAUCAGACUGGACAGCAGACUCAAAACGCCAAUGUACUUUUUCCUUAGUGUUCUGUCAUUUGUGGACAUCUGUUAUACUAAUAGCACUGUCCCACAGAUGCUUGUUCACUUCCUGUCAGCCUGGAAGUCCAUCCCAUUUCAUAGCUGUGUGCUCCAGAUGUUUAUCUCCCUAACAAUGGGUGGCACAGAGUUCUACCUGCUGGGAGCCAUGGCCUAUGACCGCUAUGUGGCAGUGUGCCACCCGCUGCACUACACAGUUAUCAUGCAUGAAGGGCUGUGCUUGGGGGUGACUGCUGGCUGUCUGGUGGUUGGUUUCACAAAUUCACUGAUGCAGACAAUCAUCAUCUUCCAGUUACCCUUGUGUCAUAAGGUCAUUAAUCACUUUGCCUGUGAGAUGUUGGCUGUGCUGAGGCUGGCCUGUGUGGACAUCUCCUUCAACAAGGUCAUGGUGGCCAUCUCAGGCUUUCUGGUGAUUGUACUUCCCUGUGUUCUGGUCCUGUUCUCCUAUGGUCACAUAGUUGCUGCCAUUCUGCACAUUCGCUCUGCCCAGGGAUGCCGCAAAGCCUUUGGAACCUGCACCUCUCACCUCACUGUGGUUUCCAUGUGCUUUGGCACAGCCAUCUUUACAUACAUGAGGCCUGCUGGUGGCUCCUCUGUUGAACAGGAGAAGAUGAUUGCCCUCUUUUAUGCCAUCAUGACCCCAAUGCUCAACCCCUUAAUCUACAGCCUGAGGAACACAGAUGUGCUAAGUGCUUUACGAAGAGUGUUGGAAAAAUUUAGUGAAAAAAGAUAA